AUGCUUGAUAUUUGUGACAGAAACGCAAAAAAUGUCAUUAACUACUUUAUCUCCUAUAAUCGAUCUGGACCGACUUAUGUCGCACGUCGAAUUUUCCCUGCGGUGGAUCCGGAAAUUUACGCCUCACGAAUUUUGGAAUUCGGAUUUUCCUGCUGUUCCAUGCCAAAUGUUUCUUCUGUCUUUAAACGUGGGACGGUCGCAUCUACCCCUUCCGGCUGUCGAGUGGGGGAGCGGUUUGUCAUAGUGUUCACUGAUGCCAAAGGGGUUAUGGAAUUUGUUUUUUGCCACUGGCCUAACAAUGAAGUGAUCUUGUGUAUUUCCAGCGCGUUUCCCUGGGGCAGUUGCUUCCACAGCCUGUUGGACAUAAUAUGGCGAAAUGAUCUGCAUCUUGACUCUCGUUGGCAUGUAUUGCAAGUGUUGCUUUCACGUCUCCGGUCUACGUUGCCGCCUCCGCGGACUAUUGGCUAUCUUAGCUGCCCGGAUCCGUUUAAUUCUUCCCGAAUCCUCAAGUUUCCCAUCCCAACCCCAAGGCAUCCGCACAAUGUCAAAUACCUGAUGGAAUAUUACACAGCCCUCGAUGCUUCGCUAUGGAUACAUAUUUUCGUAUGUCUCAUUUUGGAGAGAAGUGUGCUGUUCUACUCCAAACGCUUCACCCGAUUGACAGCGUGCGUGAUGACUUCUGUUGCGCUUCUGUACCCACUCCAGUGGGUUCAUUCAUUUUAUCCUCUGAUACCAGCAAAGGUGCUUGAAGUUCUUGGCUGUCCUGUCCCGUUUGUGGCUGGCAUUCACGCUUGUAAUUUACAGGCUGCUUUGGAACAUUUGAACUCCGGCACCUGCCUGGUUGACUUGGACGCUGGGCAUAUCCAGCUUUUUCGCUCUCCCAACCCACUUGAACAUGGGCUGUAUGACUCCUUUGCCACACCCAAAGCAGUGUACCAUUUUCUACGUAACGAGCUAAGACGUGUUCAGAAUCAGUUAAAUGCAGCACUGUCUCCCACAAAGUUUCACGAUUCAGAUUGGAAGAUGAUCGAUGGAGAAGCGUGCAGUUUUCUUGAGAAUCUGACCCAACCGUUCUUUCUGUUACUAGCGAAUUUGUUGGGUGAGUUCCAGACAUGUGAUUGUUGUGUCGGUGCCAUCGUUGCAUUGGGUUCUUUGCUUACUCGUUCAUUUUUAGAGCAGCCUUUCACGUAUUUAAUGAGUUUGCUGAUGCCACAAUGCACUUCCCGAUUUCAGUUCUUUGACUCCCGUCUCCGUCGUCCACCAGAUCCAAACGCCGAUGCGUUCGAGUCCAUUUGCUGGUCUCUCCGUGCUUCAUGCAAAAGGCACGGAAGUAAAAGAGUGAGUCGUAAUACUGGCUCUCCGUAUCCACUCACUCCGCAGCCCAUAGCACUUACUCUGAAUGGCUCCAGUUUACCUCGGUUCCAAUGGACUUCGGAUUCAAGUGGAAAACGUCGCGGCGGCAGUGCUGUCAACUUCGGUUCCGAGCAGUGGAUUCGCUCAAAGAAAAUCAAGCAUCCUGGUGCACCCUGUUUCUUGGACGAUGCAUGGACACUGGCCGAGGACAACAAAAAAGUCCCCUCAGUUUCCCACGGAUAUUGGACGAAGUGGUCCCGGAAAUUCCGGUCAGAUACGUGCACGCUUCGAAAUUUGUCUCUUUCAAAAGAUAUCCUUCCACACAAGGAUUCGCCAAGUCAGACGUCUAUCGUCACCACAAGCAUUUCCAAUCUGCGUGCACAUGACGACAGGCGACCACAGACGCAUCUUUCUUGCACACAUGGUCUUUCAUCAGUUAACCACAGUGCUUACACGGAGAGAAGCUGCCCUCCAGAGCUUCGCGAUCUCGGAUCUCCUGCCCCCGUCCCUUCUACCCAACGCUCUCGUAUCGCAGCGGUGCGAGAGCCAAGUACGGUGCGCGACAUUCCAUCUCCAUCGAAUUUUGAUGAUCCUGCAUACUCUAAACCAAAACCCCCAAGACCACCGCCUCCAAAAACAUCUCAUCAUACAGUCUCAGCUCGGUCAGAUGGCCCGCUGAUGGCUGUUUCUCAUUCCACACAACCCGAGCAAGUCAGCUCAAAUCGCAUUCUUGGCACCACAAAAGGAUAUACACCCGAUAUGCGUUAUCCCACGCCAUUGCUCCAGGCGUAUGCUGAUGUUCCGGCUCCUGUCGUCCUCCCACCUCGGCCGAAGUCCUGCUAUUUUCCGGACGGGCUCAGCAUGGUACGUCCAGUAAAGGGAACGUACUCGGAUAGGCUUUGGAAACCAACUAUAGGGCCAACCAGCGUGUGGGACGUGGCUCCGACAACACCGGAUCCCGUUUUCUCAUUGGCAGCCGACGUCAGAGUUACGAGUUCGAUUGCUCUGUGUACACCUUCCAAUAACGUUGAUUGUUCAGUCGGCGGUACAGUACCUUCUCGAUCACGACGUCUUAGGCGACCACUAUCCCAGUUAUUCAAUCAAUCUUCUGUUGGACCAGUUCACUCCACUGAUACUAGUCAGUUGUUGCUUCGUCGCCUGAGAAGUCUAAACGAAAGGUCUUUAUCGAUCCCAGCACAUACACGAGAAGUGCAUACGGCAGCUACAUCGCUCACAGCUAACCAGAAGUCUCCAACGCGGCCUGCUUGUGAAACUGGACGAGUCUCCCGUCAAUGUUCGGACUAUGAAAACAUACCAGGCGUAGUGGAUCCUCGUUUCACAAGCAAACGGUAUACAAGGGUCUACUCUAUCCCGUCUCGUCCACGUACCGCAAGCCUGCCCAUUCAGCCCGUCCUGAGGGACGUGACACUGCGGAGACAAACUACUUCUGUCACCAACGUGCCUUGCACGUUUGAGCUAAUCCGACUCGCGGACCGCAGGAGUAACAGCGCCCACAAUCUGGCAACCGGUGAUGUCAUCCACCUGCCACAUCAAAAUGCAGACGCAAAAACUAAUUUCCUACCUUCAUCUUUCGAGCCUAGUCGAAAAUACGCAACAUCGCCACAACACAAUGAAGCGGACACUGUCCUAUCCAGUCGAUUGCAAUGGGUAUGCCCGGCGAAUCAAACCGGGACAAACCGAUGGCCAGAAAGCGAAUCUGUGCAUUGCUCAGCUCCGAUCACCAUGGUAGAGUCCAAUUCAAGUCUCCAAACCAGGCGCGAAGACGAAACGAAAGGAGUAAAUGUUGCAUAG